AAGGUAUUUUGUGUCUAAAAGUUAAGUGAACUAUUUCCUAUAAAGUGUAGGUACCCUUCGUUACGUGAUGCAAGAACUCCAACAACGACGAGUGUCUAAUAUACUAGUUGUGCUAGUAACUAAUUGCAGCUUUGCUUCAUUCAGUUAUUCAUACGUCUGAGCAAUAACUAGCUCAUUUGUAUCCGUGAGAGUAUCCCGGUGUCUAUUAAACUUACUCGUAACUAGAGUUUGCUCCUCAAAAAAUUCGUAGCAACACUUCAAUACGAAUACAGUAACGGCAAAGUGGCACUUUUCUCCCAUUUCCCUCGGGCGAGUAUAUCUUCAUUUGCGAUAUGAAAUGUCUAAAUAAACAAACAUAAGUACCUACAUACAUAUCCCUAACGAUAGCAACAAUAACUAGUUGUAGUCGUAGUUGUAAAUAUGUACUAACAAUGGGCUGCGUCGCCGGUCGGUAGAGUCCAUCAGCCAAUUAACAGCGCUAGUAACAGUAGUGAAUCUAUGUUGUAUCCAUCCACGAGCUAGCCAAACGAAAUCAUAUACACACUCUCACACAGCCAAGUUGUAGUAGAAGCAAAAUCAGCGAACCAAGGUAUCCAAAGAAGAAUACUCGCUAGGCACGAUUUGCAAUCGUCGGUCUCUGCAGCACCGAGCAACUGCGGCGGUGGCGGCGAAGUCAUCAGGGACAUACUCGUACAAAAAUCGCUAAGCCAGUUGUGGCCCACCGAUUGGUACGGAUUCAUUUGUAUCCUCAGCUAGAUGUCAGUACUGUUUCGAGGUUGUGUUGCGUUGGUUUCUGUUUUCUCUUGGCUGUUUUCGAAAGCUAAAGGCUUCUAAUUUUAAAUUUUUUUUGUUUGUUUUGCGUUUUUUAUGGCAUCGUUUUCGCUAUUUGUUUAUCUACUAAUUUAUCAUUCGACGAGUGCUGGCGUGUUUAAGCUGCGAAAGGAAUAAAGAAAAGAACAAAUUUAUUCACAAGCUCGUACGAGUAAUAGCACUUAUAAAAACGAAAAAAACUAUCCAAGCGUUGCGAGCAGUUGACUAUUUAUUGAGGAAAAAGCUGUGAGUGUUGUGCAAAUAAAUAAAAGUUUUAAUAAAAUCAACGCCAGCAGUGCAACAUUUUUUUUUUUAACCCAGCAUCACGUUACACAGUAACAACAAACAAAAUAGUGCUGCUUGCUAAUGUGUGUGUGGAAAUACAUACAUAUGUAAUAGACAAAAUCAAAUGGAAGUGUACAUUUUGAAUAAAAUACUAAAAAUAUUUUUUAAAAAUAUGCAAAAAUAUUUAAUGAAAAAUUAAUAACUUUUUAUGCCAAAACACAUCUGAUUCCAGCAAGCUAACUUUAAGUACCACAAUAGAGGAUUAAAUAUAAAGCUUUGUUUCAAUCAAAAUUUUAAAAACUAAGUUAAUGGUAAUCAAAAUACAAAAGCAAAAACUCAAUAAAUUUACAUAAAAAAGACAGCUUUAAACCAACGACUCAGUUCUUUUCAAUUCAAAAAGGAUUAUGUUUGACGCUGCUAACUAAAAAGAGGAAUAUUUGAAAAACAUGUACAACGUUUGAAAGGAAAAAAAGGAAAACGGACUAUUAAUCGGCUUGUAAUCGAAGAGGAGACACAAAAGUGACGCAUCAUAAAAUUUCGGCAGCUGCUGAAAGGCUCAAGAAUUUCUUGUAUCCUUAUAACUUAGAAGGCACUGCAAAGAUCUAUCAAACCCAAUUGCGACCGUGCUGUACACCACGCAUUGGCUAAUCAACGUUUCUGCUGGCUACAUAGCCAUAGGCUGGCGCAAUUACUCACACAUUUUUCAAACAUAAUUUUUGACUCCUCAGCGUUGUUGGUGGGUUGUGAGUAAAUCACAGCCAAUCAUCAUCAUAUAUAAAAAAAAGGCUUACAAAUGAAGAUGGCAUCCCAAAGAUUUUGCCUUCGAUGGAAUAACCAUCAAAGCAAUUUACUAUCUGUAUUCGAUCAGCUAUUGCACGCUGAAACGUUUACGGAUGUCACGCUGGCCGUGGAUGGACAAUAUUUGAAAGCACACAAGAUGGUUCUCUCCGCCUGCAGUCCUUACUUCAAUGCGCUAUUUGUCAAUCAUCCCGAAAAACAUCCCAUUGUCAUAUUAAAGGACGUACCCUAUUCCGAUAUGAAAUCCCUGCUUGACUUUAUGUAUCGCGGCGAGGUGUCUGUCGAUCAGGAACGUCUUACCGCCUUCUUGCGUGUCGCCGAAUCGUUACGCAUCAAAGGUUUGACCGAAGUGAAUGACGAUAAACCGUCACCGGUCGAACCGACGCCACCGCCACCACAGCUACAACGCAUUCAACCAUAUUUGGUGCAACAACAACAGCAGCAACAUCAACGCAGCAAAUCACAGAAUAGCCUAUUGGCUGGCGGUUCAAGCGCUGGCGCUGGUGGUUUGGCUAGUGCCGCUGCAUUGGCUGCUGGUGGUGGUCAACAACAACAACAAUCGCUGCUUAGCUCAGCGCUGGCCUCGAUGCCGAAACGUAAACGUGGCAGGCCACGGAAAUUGUCGGGCAGCUCGAAUGGCACCGGCAAUGAUUAUGAUGAAUUCGAACGCGAUGGCAUGAUGAAUGACUCCGAGAUGGGCGAUUGCAAAAUGGGCGAUUCAUAUUCGGGCAAUGAUGAUGGCUCGGAUGAUAAUCAACGCGAUUGUGGCGAUAUGCGCGACCCUAGUGUAAGUAGACGCUUCCAACAAAAUUUGUUGGCUUUGUUCAGUAUAAGUUGUGGGUUUUCGGGAUCCUCAAUGGUGUCCGAAUGGGAGAAGAUACGUUCGGUAAACAAUCAGCCAACGCCCAAACGUCAAAAGAACGAAAAUGGAAAACCAUCUAAAAGACCUGCGGAAAUAGUAAUACUAGCGAUUGCCUGCCCGGAAUUCAGCAUGUCUACAUUAAGACUUUUUAUUUCUUUUAUUCUUUUCAUAGUGCAAUUAAUUACCACAUCACCGGAACUAUCACAAAGGCUCUUUGGUUUGAUUAAGCCAGCAGCCACGGUUCAACCACAACCACAACAACAACAACAACAACAGCCACAGCAGUCACAAAAUGAUGCAACACAAACGACACCCACACAAGCAUCACUCCUACAACUUAACGAAGCUCAGGAUGCCAUUACGCACUUACCCACCGCCUUGGGACUAAAGGUACGUAAUUCUCUGCAAUUGACGGCUUCACCGCAAAAUAAACAACAACAACAACAACAACCACAGCCGCAGCAGCAACAGCAACAACAACAUAACAUCGCACAAAACACCAAUUCCCUGUUGAAGCAGCAGCUACGCGCCGGACUUAAAGAAAUUUCUACUAACAACGUGUCAAUUGAACCAAUAUCAAAUAAUAGUACCACUGAUUUCGGCUGCUCAGCGCUGCAAUCGCUUGCGAGUGUUGCUGAACGCCAAACGCCCAAUGCAAUACAGCCGCCAUCGGCUAACAAUUUACACCACCAGUUCUUGCUCCACAUGGCCGCCAAUCCCAUGUUAAAGCCGAGCGCUGAUUUCUUCCGACAACAGCAACAGCAGGCACAACAAAAUCUGCAUCAGCAACAACAGGAGCAAUUAGCUGCACAAGAACAGCAGCAGCAGCAGCAGCAACAACAAUCGCAAGCCAAGCAGACACAACCGCCAUCUCAAUCAACGCAAUUACUCGAGCAGGAGCUGCAACGUGAGGACAGCAUGUCGCCCACAAAUAUGGAUCUCAUACUCGACCAGACAGACAAGUCAGAGCCAGAAUUGACGCUAGCCGAUGAGACUGCGGGUUUGGAUUACAAAAACGCCGACACAUCACAAGGCAACAUGGAUGAUGCAGUCGCCAUUACAACAAUAACAAUAAUUGAUGCACCAGACAAUGAGAAUUCGAAUGCAAAUACGAAUUCGAAUGCGAAUUCGAACGCUGCUGAAGCUCUCACUACGACGGCGCGCUCAAGUGGCACCUCCCGGCGGCCAGUGCAACGACGACGUAUACGACGCAAAGCGCAAUCUACAAUCGACGAUCAAGCGGAACACUUGACCGAAAUGUCGGUGCGUGGACUCGAUCUCUUCCGGUAUGCGCGCAUCAACGAAGGCGUCUACCAAUGCACUGAGUGCGCUAAAGAAGACUUGCAAAAGACGUUCAAAAACAAGUACAGCUUCCAGCGACAUGCCUUCCUCUAUCACGAGGGUAAGGUGCGCAAAGUCUUCCCCUGCACUUUGUGCGGCAAGGAGUUCUCGCGACCGGAUAAAAUGAAGAAUCAUCUAAAGAUGGCGCAUGAGAAUUUUGUGGCGCGCGACGCGAACAGUUUCAAUCCGCUGAAUUAUUUGAUUACGGCGGCAACGGCGGAGGAGAUGCAAACUGCAAUAUACACGGCGAGUGCUGCGGCACAACAACAACAGCAGCAGCAGCAACAACAACAACAGCAGCAGCAGCAGCAUCAACAACAGCAACUAGCACAGCAGCAACAAAAGCAAUUAGCACAACAGCAGCACCAACAACAUCAGCAAAGGUCAAUCAUGCAAAAUGAUUACUUGGAUAACGGUAUCGGCGUUUUGCAUGCACCGCCACAGGAGCGUGACACAUCGAGGCCAACAUCGCCGAUGUCAGCUGUGUCAUUGCUAAAAUUGCAGAGUGACUUAACCAUUAAAAAUGAAAUUGUUAUAUCACCGUCGCCAUCACCUGAACCGAUACUGACUGUGCCAGCGAAUGCUGCCGCGGCAUCAGCAGCAGCUGCAACAGUAGCAAAAACAGCAAAUAUGUCAAUGCUACAGGCGAAACGUAUAACACAAAGACUGGAAGAGGUUAAGUAAAAUGGGAUUUAUUUAUACAAAAAAAAAAAUCUACUAAAGUAAGUUAGUUGCGGAAGUGGUAGUCAAAAGAAAGUUGCUAAGUACAGAGUGUUUAAGAGAAAUAAUUUUUAGUUAGCUUACAAACUUUUUUUUUUAAUCUAAAUAUUUUCGGUAGGCCGCAAAGUGCAACAAAUACAAAAUAGUAGUAGCUUUUGAUGUUGUGUCGUCAGUGUAAACGCAUAACUAAAGGGUCUGAUUUACAUAUAAAUAAAUAUUUAGUACAUAUAUGACAUAUAAGAAUUAAUACACAAUAAAAAUCAACUCAUUUACUUAAAUAAUUUACAUACACGCAUAAUUAAAAAAAAAAAAUAAUAAUCGCAAUUAAAUAAUGAAAUAUGCACAACUAAUAGUAAGUGAGACGCACAAAAGUUAAGCAUACAACAAAAAAUACAAUUAACUUUGCACAAAAAGAUUAGAUUUUUUUGUUUUACAAUUAUGGUAUUAGUUUUGUUCGUCGAGCAAAAAAUUUGUACGUAUACGCAAAGUUAAAGUUCUCUUGUUAAGAAAAAUCGCAAUACAUUUAAAUUCAGUUUUUUUUUUCCAGCCGAAAGAAUUUUAAAAACUAUAAAAUGGUAUUAUGUUUGAAAUGCA